AUGGUUAGCUCCUGUUGUGGCUCUGUCUGCUCUGAGGAAGGCUGUGGCCAAGGCUGCUGCCAGACCACCUGCUGUAGGACCACCUGUUGCCGCCCCAGCUGCUGUGUAUCCAGCUGCUGCAGACCCAGCUGCUGUGUAUCCAGCUGCUGCAGACCCAGCUGCUGCCAGCCCAGCUGCUGCAGACCCAGCUGCUGCCAGCCCAGCUGCUGCAGACCCAGCUGCUGCCAGCCCAGCUGCUGUGUGUCCAGCUGCUGCAGACCCAGCUGCUGCAGACCCCAGUGUUGUCAGUCUGCAUGCUGCCAGCCCACCUGCUGCCGCCCCAGCUGCUGCAUCUCCAGCUGCUGCCAACCCUCUUGUUGUGGUUCUAGCUGCUGUGGCUCCAGCUGCUGCCGCCCAUGUUGCCGCCCCUGCUGCUGCCUGCGUCCAGUCUGUGGUCAAGUCUGCUGCCAAACCACCUGCUACCGCCCCACCUGUGUCAUCUCCACCUGUCCCCGCCCCAUGUGCUAUUCCAAUCUCUUCACCACUCAUUCAAAGAUCACUUAUGGAGCGCUUUCAACACAGAACCCAUUAAACCCACCCAGAACCUUCACCUCCGACACCAUGGUCAGCUCCUGUUGUGGCUCUGUCUGCUCUGAGGAGGGCUGUGGCCAAGGCUGCUGCCAGCCCAGCUGCUGCCAGACCACCUGCUGUAGGACCACCUGCUGCCGCCCCAGCUGUUGUGUGUCCAGCUGCUGCAGGCCCCAGUGCUGCCAGUCUGUGUGCUGCCAGCCCACCUGCUGCCGCCCCAGCUGCUGUCGUCCCAGCUGUUGCAUUUCUAGCUGUUGCCGCCCCAGCUGUUGCCGCCCCAGCUGCUGUGUGUCCAGCUGCUGCAGGCCCCAGUGCUGCCAGUCUGUGUGCUGCCAGCCCACCUGCUGCCGCCCCAGCUGCUGCAUCUCCAGCUGCUGCCAACCCUCCUGUGGUGGUUCCAGCUGCUGCCGCCCCUGCUGCCGGCCCUGCUGUCGCCCUUGCUGCUGUCUGAGACCAGUCUGUGGUCAGGUUGGCUGCCAAAGCACUUGCUACCGCCCCACCUGUGUCAUCUCCACCUGCCCCCGCCCCAUGUGCUGUGCCACCCCCUGCUGCUGA